AUGGGAAUUCAACGGAAAAGCUUUUCACCACUGCGAGCUGACCAGCCGAGUGAAGCGUCUCCUUGGCAACCGCGGCAGGUGCAUUAUGGUGCAAGUGCAGCAUCGCAACAGGGAAUAAGGCGCCAGCUUGUGGAUCCGGAUGUGUUCGAAGAUGCUAUAGUGGAGCAGCAGCUACUGCUUAACCGUCAGGUUCAGGAGCAGCUCUAUCGAAAGCGCCAAGCGCAACAACAGCAAUACAGGAGACGGCAACCUGGUCCGCAAAGGCUCCGGAUCCGACAGACGCCUCCGUUGCCGGAGCAGCAAGCUUCGUUGCUGAGAGCUGGAAUCCAACGAGCUCCCCCACUAAAGAAUAAACCCGCUCAGUUACCUAGAAACGUACCAAACCCGCAAACGGGAGCAUUCAAAGCUCCAGUGCCCCAGCAAAGGCCGUUGGGCGUUCCACCUGGUCAGCAGCAACGAUUCAGAGGUCCCCAGGCCGAUCAGGAAAUACUGAAAAAUGAAAUAGCUCAGUUGCAGCUUUUGCUAGAGCAACAGACUCUGCAGCGGAAUUUAAAUCUUUUACAAGCCGAAAAGCAACGGCUGAGGAACGAGCUAAGUCAGCAGCAACAAGUGAAUAAUCAAAUUGCCCAGCAGCCACAGCAGCAACAACCAUUUACAAGCCAACAACAACUUCAGCAAGUUGGACAGCAAGGCUUCGUGGACAUAAUAAUUGAUCAGCAAAGGCUGAGCAGGCAACCGGUUCAGCAACAAGCAUUUGGAAACCAAGAAGCUCAACAACUGCUGGUGAGAAAUCAACAAGCCCAACAGCAACAGUUUAGGAACAAUAUACCUCAGCAGCAGCAGCAGCAGCAGCAACAGCGACAGGUGGGAGUUCAGCAAGUUCCGCGAGGGGCAUUACGUAAUCAGCAGUUAAGUCAGCAACAGCUGGGAAAGAAACAAGCGAAACGACAAUCCUUUGAAAUUCGUCCUGUUCGACCGCAGCGAGGCGGCAAUCGAGUUCGUGAAACAUUUGGUGAUUCGGUAACUGCACCGCAAACGUUUCAUAAUCAGCUCGUCCAACAGCAGCAGUUUGCUGUUCAGCCAAUUCAGCAGCAACAAGCAUUCUCCGGCCUCCAGGUUCAAGAACAAGCCUUUAUAGACCAGCAAAUGAAACAAGCUCCGUUUCGUGCACCGUUGCAAGAGUUUGCAGCACCACCGGCACAACAGCAGGUGCUGCGAAAGCAACCAUUCAAACCCCAACCGGUCGGAAGAAAGCUACCCAAGCAGCAGGCAUACCAAUCGGCACAACAGCAGCUGUUCAGAGAGCAACAAACACUGCACCGUACUAUUGAAACCCUUCAAGUUGAUCAGCAACGGUUGCGCAAUGAACUAGCCCAGCAGCAACAGUUGAUGAGCCAGCUUUUGCAACAACAGUAUGCUUUGGGGAAUCCGCAACAGCAGCAACUUUUUGGAAAUCAUUUGUCCAACCAGCAAGGAUUUGGCUUUUAA